AACGUUCGAGUUACCUACCGUGGAACCGAUUUAUGUUGAAGAUAAAUUCCUUGAUUUUCAUUCCAGUUAUAUAAAUCUAAGACUAAACUAUUAAUUUUUGAAUACCUCAUCUUAAUUUAACUCAUUUUAAUUUAUUAUGAUAUAUUUAUAUUUAAAACUUCUAAUUCAUCCGUGGCAUGGCAGUGACUUCCCUUUCGUCGUCUGCAGCUACUUGGCAGUUUCAAAAUAACCACGAACUUGUAUUGCCUAUACACAUCCAUGAAAUAUCUGUACGGCGAAUCGAAGCACAGUCCACGAUCGUUCUGUAUAUUAAUCUCACAAUGGAGUGCCAGCGUCCAGUAUUUGCUACUCCUGACACAAGUCAUCUGUCACCACAGGACUUUGAUCUUGUCUAUGAACCAGCUGAAGAUUCAUUUCUCCUGCUUGAUGCUCUAGAAAGUGAAUACUUUUCCCUAAGAAAAUUAAGGCCUACAAUCUGUGUGGAGGUUGGAUGUGGAUCAGGUAUCUGUAUCACCUUUCUUGCAUCUAUGUUUGGGCCUGGAGCAUGUUACAUCUGCACAGAUAUCAACCCUACUGCUGCUAAAGUGGCUGCGCAGACAGCUGAUCAAAACAAAGUCCUCAUACAUCCCAUUGUUUGUGAUCUGACAGAUGCAAUAAAUGACCAGCUUCGAGGGAAAGUGGAUAUUCUUGUUUUUAACCCACCAUAUGUUGUUACUCCAUCCAAUGAGGUUGGUAAUGGGGGCAUUGAAGCAUCUUGGGCUGGUGGAGAGAAAGGGCGAGAAGUGAUUGAUCGAUUCCUUCCGCAUGCUGUUCAGCUUCUUUCACUCCAAGGCAUUCUUUAUCUAGUAAUAAUCAAGGAAAAUCGCUCAGAUGAAAUAGAAGACAAGAUGAGACAGUUUGGACUUCACAUGACCACAGUGAAGAAUCGAAGAGCAGGAAAAGAAAAUCUAUAUGUACUUAAGUUUACAAGGGUGACAUAAAUGAGAGAUGAAAAUUUUAGGUUUUAUCAAUAUUGUUCAUACUAAGAAAAAAAGGAAAACAUUUCUUAUGACCUAACAAAGCAUUAUUUUCAUUAAUUACUUUGAUGUAGUAAUUGUAAAAUGAGGAGGUAAUCUUUGUCACAUAUACAUAUUCUAAAUUUAUAGGUCAGUAUUCCCUCAGUACAUCAAAAUCUUUUUCAGAUGUUGUAAUAAUAAAGACAGUUCCAAAUAGCUGCUGCUGUUGAAAUAGCUGAACAAGUUCCAGCUUUGAGCUGGGCAUGGACAGUUCACCACUCACCACCAGGCUUUUUCACACUGUGUACUCCUUUUGAACAGAUUCUUUUAAACUGUUCUUAUCAUGCAUGCCUAAGCAAGUGAGAAUGGUAUAUAAUACAGGAACACAAUCGAGUAGCUGCUGUGCACAGCAUAAUCCAGUUUGUCUCUUGGAACCAACAAAGUCUGAUGGAGAGCCAAAAAAUAAAAUAAUGUUUAGGGAUUUUUUUUUUGUCGAGCAUGCACAUGAAAUUAAAACAAAGAUAGACAAAAUAAUAUACAAAGCACAUUUAUAAUUUACUUGUACAUAGCACAUCUGUAAUUUACUCUUUCUCUUGUAACUCUGAUAUUAUCAGCAUAGGUUGAAUGAUAAUUUGAAGGAAUGUCAGAAGAUGAUGCUUGCAUUUGCAAAUUAAUGUUCAAUAUGAGAGAGUGUUAGUAGAGGUUAUGUGUUGGUGUCAAAAGGAAGAACUAAGGGGAAUCUAGAAUCCCAGAGAAUUAUGUAUAUUAAAUAUUUUUACAUUUUAAAAGAUAUGAUUUUAAUCACAUGGCUUCAAACAUUCAAAAGAC